AUGUUGCGCUCGCAGGCUACAAGGCGACUCGCCUUGCUUGCCAUACAACCUCAAUGGAUAUGCCCGAAAUGUCUGCCGCACCGGCUCUACUCGCAGAAGCCAGAGAAGCGCGAGCCUCCUGACCACCGGAAGCUGGGCCACCAGCAAGAGCUCUUCAUCACAUCUGUCUUCAGCCCCGGCUCGCCAAUCUUUCUCCCCAAUGGAGCGCGCAUAUUCAAUCGACUCGUAGAUUUCCUCCGAAAGCAAUACGUGCGAUACGGCUUCGAGGAAGUUAUUACCCCAACGAUAUACAAAAAGUCGUUAUGGGCCAAGUCUGGCCAUCUCGAGAACUAUGCGGAUGACAUGUACACAGUCAUUGGAAACAAGCGAGCAGCGGCGCUCGAGCAUUCAGAGGAUUGCUGCAGCACAGAAGCAAACAAAAGAGCCAUGGUCGAAGACGAGGACGACAGCGAAUACGGUCUCAAGCCCAUGAAUUGUCCUGGCCAUUGCCUCAUCUUCGCGUCGAAACUGCACAGCUAUCGGGACUUGCCAGUACGGUACGCCGACUUCAGCCCUCUCCACCGAAACGAAAUAUCAGGCGCGCUCUCUGGGCUCACGAGAGUACGCCGCUUCCACCAGGACGACGGCCACAUCUUUUGCCGCCCCAGCCAAGUGGAGGACGAGAUCAAGAAGACGCUCGACUUUGUCAAGGUUGUCUAUACCACCCUGAAAUUUGGUGUGAGCUAUCGGUUGGCGCUGUCUACGAGGCCAAAGGACCACUUUAUCGGGACGGAAGACGAAUGGAACAGAGCCGAAGAUCGUCUUCGCCGCGCCCUUGACAAGUCAGGCAUGCCGUGGAGCGUCAACGAAGGCGAUGGCGCCUUUUACGGGCCGAAGAUUGAUAUUGUACUCAAGGACUCGGACGGGAAGGAACACCAAACCGCCACGGUUCAGCUCGACUUCCAGCUGCCGAAGCGAUUCGAGCUAGAAUACCAGGCACCCGCUCCCGAAUACGAGGCCCGCGGCGAAACCACAGAAGAUCCUGCUCUGCUGGCAGAGUAUGGCCCUGUUCGGCCAGUCAUGAUUCACCGCGCCGUGCUCGGUUCUGUGGAGCGUCUUAUGGCCCUUCUCAUUGAAAACUACAACGGCAAAUGGCCAUUUUGGCUUAAUCCGAAGCAAGCCAUUAUUCUCACCGUCAACACAACUGAUCCCGUUGUGGGCUGGGCAGAAAAGGUCCGUGACGUCUUGUUAGGCAACCUCCCAAAGUCAUACACUGGUGAUGAGCCUCCGGCGCCAGACGCUGGUAUCGCCUUGUCAGGACAAACAGGUCUCUCAGUGGACAUGGACACCACCGCUAGGUCACUGGGCGCAAAGAUAAGAGAGGCGCGCAAUAAUGGCUACAGCCAGAUCCUCGUUGUUGGCGAUGCAGAUGUGCAAAACAAGCAAGUCAGUCUCGGCAAAGAGCGUAUAUCACCUGGCGAGAUGAGAGAUAGAAUGAUGCAGAUGGUGGACCGUUUUGAAUAG